UUUAUUUUCCUCACAUUAUUUUCUUCGCUUGCGGCCGUGGACGAGUCUGGAGCAGUUUGGGAACUUAACCAACUCUUUGUUCAUUAGUCGUUAUAUUUGAACGACUCUUUGUGCCACCGAGAGUUUUAAAGCGGGGUUUCUACUUUCCGGGUAGAUUCGUGACUAAAAUGGCUGUUUACGGAUUCAGCCGUCUGUUGCCUUAAAAGGAGGAAAAAUAAACUUUGUUCAGGCACCAUGUAAGUAAAGGAACAGGAAAUUAUCCAACAGUCAGCCUGCACACGGUGCAGAACCAGACAGUGACUGGCAGCGGAUUCCAGCGGUGGCCGUGGGUUCCCCUAACUGGAGACGGAGACUCAUGGAGAGUGAUUGUCGGAUCCCUGUGGCCUGUUGUCGACCACGAAUCCUCCUCCUUCACGCUCUCUUCUGGGGCCUCGUCUCCCUCAGAGUCUUUGGAGCGGCUCUGCUGAGUGAAGAGAAAGCUACAGCAGUGAAGCCCGUGGCCGCCCCCUGCUGGCUGCUGGAGGAGUUUAUCGUGUUGGAGGAGUGUGGCCGCUGCAGCGACUUCCACGCUAAGGCCCAGACGGCGUGCAGACAAACGGGAUACGUAGAGAGGGUCAACUGUACCAAAUCCAGCAAAGAAGAGUACAAGAGCUGCCGCUCAGCUAUGAUGGAAGAGCAUCUCUUCUGGAAGUUCGAAGCGGCCACGUUGGCUCUGACAGCUGUCUUCGCCGUCCUGGUCGUGAUCCGGCAGCGUUGGCUCGACCGCCUCGCCUCCGAGAAGGUCCGGCGCCAGAUCGAGUCCAUCUAGGGCUGCAGGACCCGGGGCCCAGUCUGGUUUUUAUCCCGCAGGAGUGUUUUAGCAGCAGAUGGAUUUAAAAACUCCCUGUCAGAGUUUGGACUGAAAUAAAUCUGGAUUUAAGAUUAUUCUCAUGUUUUCAACACAAACUUUAUUUAAAUACAAGCUGGUAAACGUGACAAAGAGGCAGAAGGACCUUUUUGAGAUUCACAGCUCAGUUAUUCAUCAAUUUCAUUUUCACCCGUGAAGAAAAAAAAAAAAAGAAGCUAGAAUUAAAACAAAAUGAGGCUCAGAACCAAACGGAAACAUUUCAGAAACAGGAGCUGAAACGUGAUCUGGUGAUGUGACGACCGACCGCGCAGAGUUUACCAGAGACGGAGCCAUGGUGUCGUAGCAGCCUGUUGCUUUAUCAAACACCAGACUAUUAACGGGAGCUCGGGGCAGGAUCUUUAUGUCAAAACCAGGAAUCAGAAAAGGAAUUACAGGGAACAAAAAAAUACAUUAAAAAAUCAGGUUUUGAUUUUGGUGUAAUUUGGCUUCACGUCUUGGUGUCAAACUUGGCUUCUUUUUUUUUUCUGUAGUCAGAAGUUAUCCAGACCCUCUUUUUUUUCUUUUGUAUUUGAUAAAUGUUGAGUUUUCAUGUACUGAAAAGCCAAAUUAAGCUCUAUCAAAGUUGUUGAUUCUGAGCCUGAUGGGAAAAUUGAGUUUAAGUUGAAUUUGAUGUUGCAUGAGGAAAACACUAGCAGUGUUUCUCAUUAAAACAUUUCUUUACAUCAACCUCAGAUGAUGAAAGUGGACUAAAGUUCUAAAAAAAACAGCCUUUUAUUUAAUCCCUAUUUGUGAUCAGUUUACAUUAAAACUCAUUCAUGGGUCAGAUCUGGAGCUUUGAUUCUUGUUUUCACUUGAACGUGUUUCAUCCUUCAACUGAUUGAUGUCCCAGCUUGCUGGUUCUGACUGGUUCCUGCCUCAAAUUAACAGUUAACUGUUGCAAUGUCUUCACUGGCCCCUGUAUUGGAAUCUCUGCUUGGAUCCAGCAUCAAGAGCAGAGUAUUGUAUUUUUAAUAUCAAUCCAAGUUGAUGGAUGGUGUAUUUUUCCUUUCUAGCAUGUCUAAUCUUAUAAUUAAAAAAAAACACCUUGAUUGUUCUUCCAAAUUUACUGUUUGAAGGUUUUGCCUCCGGCUGACAAACAGAUUUGCUCCUCGUUAUUUUUAGGCGGCUUAUGCACCAGCCACAAGAAAAGAGGUGAACCUACUCGGCAACGACAUUAUUUAGGACUUCUUUGAUGCCCAGACUCUUCCAGAAGCUCAUUUUUCCUUCAUUUCCGUCAUGUGAGAUGUUUUUAUUCAACACCUGGUGGUCAAAUGUAUCUUUAAACACAGAAACCCUAUAGACAAUGUUCAGAUUAUUUUACUGUAAAUAAGUUUGCUUUAUUUUCUGGAUUUGUUUCAAAUGUGAAGUUUGACAAAAUAAACUGAUGAAAAACUGAA